AUGGAACAUAAUUUUAAGAAUAUUAAAUUAGAGAUUGACCAUUAUAUUCAAAUCUAAUUUGAUUAAUGUAGUACAGAUGAAGAAGAGAAGGAAUUCGAAAUAGGAGUCAAACCUAACAAAAAGAAGUUCAAUAAUUCUCUUGAAAAAAAAUAGUUCAUAGAGGAAUAUACUAAAAAGAAAAAGACUGAACUAUGCAAAAACUUUACUCUUACGGGUAGUUGCAAAUUUGGCUCAAAUUGUUCAUAUGCACAUGGUUAAUCUGAGCUAUUACCUAAAGCCCAUCUACAUUAAAACUACAAAACAAAACCAUGCAAAAAUUUCUUAAACUAUGGAUGGUGCAAUUAUGGAUCAAGAUGCUAGUAUAUACACCCUGAAAAUUCUCUAAAAAAACUAAAACACAGUUCAAAAAAUUCUAAACAUAAUAAUUAUGACUCAGAUUUAUAAAAGUUAGCCAAUAAAUGUAAUUCAUAAGGAGAAGGAUAAUAAACCUUAACAAUUUAAAUGCUAUAUUCGGAAUUAUUACAAAAACUUAAUUCUAGUUCAUAAAUAUGUCUCAAAAAUUUGACUCGAUUAAGUUAUUUUAAAAGAUUAGGGUAGGUCUAGAGUUUGCUUUUGUCAGAUGAUUCUGAUCCUUGAAAUAACUUAUUUUUUAUAUACUAUGAUAUUUGUAAUUCUUAUAGAAUAUAAAAAUGAAUAUUAA